GGGCUACAUGGUUGGAGGCGGAAAAAAACGGUUUAAUCGAAAGUCAUCGGAGCAAGAGUGUGGAACGUAAUGGAAGGAAUUGCAGUCAACCCAUCCGAAGCUACGGUGAAGACCACGACAUCAAGGGGUGUAGUUCGUCCGGCUGAAAUCCAACAGAUUCCGAAACGAACACGGAGUUAUGUGUUGAAACAGAUGUUAGAGGAGUGCCGUCGUGUGAAAAAAGAAAGCAUGGAUGCCAUUGAGGAAAUAGAGGAAGCGUUGGUGAAACCAGAACCUCUGUCUGAGGAAGAUGAACAGGGUGCACUGAGAAAAGAUGUUGUGGGUCAUGCUGAAAUUCCAGAACGCAGCAAAGGGAAACAACAGAAGUCAGGAAAAGGUGUUCAGCAUGGAAAAAAAAGCUAUCAUGUCGCUGUCUACAGGGCAUCCUUUCAAACUUCGUCAUCCCAAAGGAAUUCUGGAGCGAAAACAAUGUCGGACAGGGUGAAAGGCAAGAGGCAAGUUGUCGGAAACAGUGUGGACAAAUCACCAAAGUUGCAGGAAGACAAAGCCAAUGCAAGACCUUCUCGCAGGGGUGUCGGACGUGCUAAUUACAGAAGGAGUUCGACUUCUGCACCGGUGUCUGUUAAGGAGGCUAGCUGGACCAGGAUUGUGGACAACCCUGAGAAGCUGAGAAAGAAUGCUUUGUUUAUUCCAAGAGCUGUCAUUCGUGAAUGCAUCUAUGGCAAGAUUCCCAGAGUAACCUUGAUCGAUCGCAGCAAUGAUGUCCCCUACUACUGCCAGAUGAUGAAGAGGGAGGACACGGUGGAUAGGUAUUUAUGUGGCAUGUGGUCGGAUUUUUGCAAAGACCGCAACCUUCAGAAGGGAGACACACUGCGCUUCUCUAUCACAUAUCCUCCGGUGGAAUCGAUUGUGGUGGCUGUAGAGCGUGGAAAAGCAGAUGGAGUUUCGCGUUAAGGGGGUUGUUGGAGAUUAAGUCGUAGACUAUGUAGUAU